AUGUCUAUUGAAGAAGAAGAAAUACUUGCAAAGGCUGAGCCUCUACUGUUUAAUGACUAAAAGGAGUCUGUUUCUACAAAUGAUACUCAAACCUCAGUAAUUAUCUCUAAUGAUUUGCAAGAGUCAUUUAAAUAGAGUCUGAUAAAAGGUCAAUAAGAAACAUUACCUAAUAGAUACAUAGAAAAUAAGCGUAUUUGGAUGCUUCCAUUCAUUUGCACUGUCCUUUUUGGAGGAUUCUUUAAUUAGUCUUUCUAAUCUUUUAUCAAAGAAUAGCUAGUAUAAAAAAUGAACAUGAGUCCUUUUCAAUACUAAAUGUUUGUUCUGAUUCCGAAUCUACCUAAUAUCCCACUCCCUUUAAUAACAGGUCCAGCUUUAGAUGUUUUGGGAGCUAGAAAUGGAUUAAUAAUUUUUACAAUCCUAAUAGCCAUCAGCAUGGUCAUGUGCACAGUCGCAGAUCCAAUGUAGUCAUAUGGUAUGAUUCUUGCAGGAAAAAUUCUAUUAUCAGUUGCUAUUGAUGCCUAGACUAUUGCACAAGGCUGCAUACUUGGUAAAUGGUAUAAGAGUAAAGGUUUAGCUACGGCUUUUACUAUAAACAGUUUAUUUUGCAAAGUAGCUUCUUCCACUUCAGGCGUAUUUUAUCCCAUGUUGUAUCAUUAAUCAAAUGGUCUAUUUUUGCCUUUUCUUGUUGGUGUUUGCACUUGUGUUUUUAGCUUAGUUUCUUCUAUCUUUAUAUUCAUUUUUGACAAAAAGGCUGACUAACACGAAUAAGCUAAUUAAGAAAAUGCUUAAAUUCAAAAGCAUCAAUUUAAAUUAAGUGACUUCAAAAAAUUUCAUGGCAUGUUCUGGUGUUUUGCAAUUCUGAGUCCUUUGACAUUUGGAGCAUUUACUUCUUUCCAAAACUAUUUACAAAGUGUACUAACUCAUAAAUUCGAAAUAGAUCAAACACUUGCUGGUUAAAUGAUGUCAGUGCCCUAUUACAUUGCAUAUACCGUUCCUAUUUUUGGACUCUGUGCUGAUAAAUAUGGCUAAAGAUUAUCUAUGAUGAUUGUCACUAGCUCUUUUGCUAUUAUCUCGUUGUUAAUGUUCUUAUUAGCUCCUUAAGGUUCUAGUCCAGCAAUAGUUUGGAUCGCUUUCGUUAUGUUUGGUAUAUUCCUAACUUUGAUAUGUACUUAUCUUUACCCAACAGUCCCUUUAAUUACUCAAAAGAAUCUAUUGAGCACAGCCUUUGGUAUUACUCAUACCACAAGAAGCGCAGUUGUAUCCCUACUUUCUUAUUUAGGAGGUUUCUUAAUGAAAGAUGAUAACUCUGGAAGCAACGAAUACCUUUUAACAUAUCUAAUAAUUUUUGCUUUAUCAUUAGUAGUUUCAAUUUUUACCUUUUUCUACGAUAGGAAAAAUGGAGGAUUUGUAAAUUCAAGGACUCCUUUAAGAUUUUUAGAGAGCAAAAAAUGA